CACAAACACCCACAGGAGACCAGGACCAGGUCCAGAAGACUAUCAGAGCUGUGUGGACCUCCUUGAACUCAGACAGCCACAGAACCCAUGGCGGAGUCACCUGACCACCUAAAUGACUCUGCCUGGCUCCGCCCCUGUGUCAACACCUCCUUCCAGCCUCCAAUCAGAUCGUGCCCUUACACCACUGCUCAGCUGACCGUCAUCGUCAUGGUAACGGCCUCCCUCAGUGUGGUCACCGUUGUCGGGAACACGCUGGUCAUCCUGUCCAUCAAGGUGAACCGUCGCCUGAGGACCAUCAACAACUACUUCCUGUUGAGCCUGGCGGUGGCCGACCUGAUUGUGGGCGGGCUCUCCAUGAACCUGUACACGCUCUACCUGCUGAAGGGCCGCUGGCCCCUGGGGGCCGUGGUCUGCGACCUGUGGCUGGUGGUGGACCACGUGGUGAGCAACGCGUCCGUCAUGAACCUGCUGAUCAUCAGCCUGGACCGCUACCUCUGUAUGACACGCCCCCUCAGCUACCCGGUACGGCGGACGGGCAGGAUAGCCACGCUGAUGAUCGGCGCCGCCUGGCUGGUGUCCCUCGUGCUCUGGGCCCCCGCCAUUCUGUGCUGGCAGACGGUGGGGGGCCGCCGCGUGGUCCCUGAUGAUAAGUGUUACACUCAGCUCCUCGCCAGCCCCGCCGUCACCCUGGCGACCACGCUGCCCUCCUUCUACCUGCCGGCGUUUGUCAUGGUCGCUCUCUACAGCAGACUGUCUGUUGCCAGCCAGAGUCGACUGAGCGUGCUCAGAUCAGAGCGUGGAACGCUCAGGGUGUCCAGUCCGUCCUUUAAAGACUUCCUCCUGAAACGCCGUAGCUGGGUGACGAGCGACCCCGGCUCGGACCUGUCUCUGAACCAAUCAGAGUCCAGCACGCCCAAACACAGGAAGAACCAGAGAGCGUCCAGGAGUCCCGGCGACCAAUCAGAGCCUGACUUGUCUCCGCCUCCUCCACUAUGUCACACUCGGACCGCCACCCGCCCCCCCAGAGACUACAGCAAGAUCGAGAACGACUCGUCAUCAAACACCGACCUCCACCGGACCGCCUCGGCAGCGUUCUCCGUCCUUCCCAGCUUCAGGUCUCAGGAGCGGCGUCAUCGCAGAGUCAUGGCGAGGGAGAGGAGGGUCACCAAGACCAUCCUGGCCAUCCUCCUCGCCUUCAUCAUCACCUGGACGCCUUACAACGUCAUGGCCGUGGUCGCCGCCUUCUGUCACUCCUGCAUCCCAGAGUUCCUGUGGACCACGGGUUACUGGCUCUGCUACGUCAACAGCGCCAUCAACCCGGCGUGCUACGCCCUCUGCAACGUCACCUUCAGGAAAACCUUCUGCAGCCUCCUGUGCUGCCGCCGCAGGAAGCUACACUGA